AUGGUUUCAUCCUCCAAAAAGCCCCUUGACAUUGAGUAUGCGGAACAAAUGCAGUCCCACCCAUACGGCACUGCCCUGUAUCGCCCUCAACCCCGCGACGUAUUCCACCCCGGAAUGGCGGGAUAUUUCAACGACGACGGGGAUUGGAAUCCUAUAGUCGAUCUCUCACAGCGGCCACAGCCAACGUUCACGCAAUCUGCUUUUACAGCAUCACUCGCACUCCCCGAUGAUCUUCCCGCCAUGGCGGCCCCAGAGGACCAUACCUGGGGCCCGAAGUUGGGUGCUACAACAAGCGUUCGCCAGAUCGAUCUGACUGCAGGUAUAUCGCAGAACGUGCUCUUGGCCGCGGCGGGUGUGCCCUUGAGUCUGGGGUCGUGCUAUCAAUUCGAAAAUAAAGAGUCCACUGGCGCGGUACUUAUUACCGGCUCCCCGAUUAGGCAUGAGAGGUUUUACCACGAGACACCUUUCAAGAAAUGGGUUGCGUCGAAUGCUAAGCGGCUUUUGACUGAGAGGGCUGAGCUGAAAGAUCAUGCGCUGUGGGUUAUCACGAGUAUCUGGACCGCGGAGGAGGCGGCUGUGAACUGUUGGCGGGAACGCCAUCGAGCUGUUAACGUCGGGUUCAAUGUCGGUUUUGUGGAGAUCGGUGAGCUUGCGCCUAAAGGGGGUUGGGUUGAUAGCGGGGCACAGGGGGGUCGAAGAGUAGUAUUCUUUGGAGGCCUAAAAUUUAAAUACAGACCUAUUAUUGGGGGACUCGGGUCGCAGAAUAGAUCCACUAAAUUCAGAGGGCACGGAAAAGAGAAGGAGACUGUGGAGGCCUCCCUGAAAACAGAUGAUGGUGCGGAGUACGAUCUUUCUUGCGAACCUGUUCUUGAAGAUGCGUCUUACCGCUCUCCUCAAAAUGUGGGUGCGCAAGAAGAUGAGCCCGAUGAGCUCGAGGUGGAUCAUGAUGACGAUGAUUGGUGA